CAGGGAAGCUGGAGCCGAGCCUGGCGGAGCCGGAGCCGGAGCCGGAGCCAGCCGAGCCCCAGGAGAGCCGCGGCGGACCCGCGCCCCGGAGGCAGGAGCUGGUGGAGGGAAGAGGAGCUGCAGAGACUCCAGUCUGACCAGGGCUGGACCAGAGGCACAAGCCAUGCACCAGGGGAGUCAGGCAGGAGUGUCGGCUGCCACGGCAGAGCCCUGCUCCAGAUCCACUGCACCUGCCUGACCUGCGGAGCGGCUGAGUCGGGGGUGUGUCCUGCCUGUUACUGCAAGACGAUGCUAGCAGCUCCACAUAGGAAUUGACCUCUCCCUGCCCUGGGGAUCCAUCCCACCGGAGCCAGUGGCCACUGGGCACUGCAGGCCUGGGCCUCCUCCCAUAGGGCGUGAGGUGGAAUUGCCCUCAUCGGAGCAGCGCUGCAGCUGCUGGCCGUGGGUGGAGCUGUCUGCCCAGAGCAGAGCCCUGAGGAUGCCCAGCUGGGCGGGCGGGCGAGCCUAGGUGAGAGGUGCUGUGAUGGCUCCCCCCUGAGGUACCAUGCCGGUUCCCGCUAUGGCAGCCACCACUGCCAGGUCUUUCUUCUGGGAGGUCUUCCCGCCCAUGCGCACCUGCCGGGUGUACUGCAGCCCUGCGUACCAGGACGGGCACCUCUUUGUGGUGGGGGGCUGCGGCCAGGCGGGGCUGCCCCUGGACACUGUGGAGAUGCUGGAUGUGCAUUCCCAGAAGUGGACGGUGCUCCCUCCACUCCCCACGCCCCGGGCCGGGGCGGCUGCUGUGGCUGUGGGGAAGCAGGUCCUGGUGAUGGGGGGCAUGGAUUCCAGACAGAGCCCCCUGGCCUCCGUCGAAGUCUUCAACACAGAUGAGGGCAAGUGGGAGAAGGUGGCGGCCCUGGCCCAGCCAUCCAUGGGCAUCUCUGCAAUCGAGAGAGACGGUUUCGUCUACGCUCUCGGGGGCAUGGGCGCAGACACCUCUCCUCAGGCGCUAGCGCGGGUCUAUGACCCAGUGACCACCCGCUGGCAGCUUCUGCCCUCCAUGCCCACCCCCUGCUAUGGGGCAUCUGCCUUCCUGCAGGGCAACAAGAUCUUCCUUCUGGGGGGUAGGCAGGGCAAACUGCCUGUCACGGCCUUCGAGGGCUUCGACCUGGAGACGAGGAGCUGGACACGCUAUCCCAGCGUCCCCAGCCGGCGGGCCUUUGCCGGCUGUGCCGUGGCUGAUGGCUGCUUCUUCAGCCUCGGGGGCCUGCAGCAACCGGGACCCCACAACUUCUACUCCCGGCCCCACUUUGUCAACACGGUGGAGAUGUUUGACCCGGAGCAGGGGGCCUGGAGCAAGCAGGGCCGCGCCGUGCGCAUGCGGGAGAAGAGAGCCGACUUUGUGGCUGGCUGCCUCGGCGGGCGAGUGGUGGUGGCCGGAGGCCUCGGGAACCAGUCGUUUCCCCUGGGUUCCGUGGAAGGAUUUAGCAUAUCAAGGAAGAAGUGGGAGCUGCUGCCCCCCAUGCCCACCGGUCGUUGCUCCUGCUCCAGCUACCAGGCCCCGAGCCUGCUGUUUGUGAUCGGAGGGGUGGCGCAGGGCCCCAGCGGAGCGGUGGAGGCUCUGUGCCUGCGGGAAGGGGCCUGAAGGAAGCCUCCGGCCAAAGGAUCCCACUGACAGAGGGCAAAGUGCCUGAAACUGGCGACAGGUGCAGGUGGGCGCGGAGAGCAAACUCUUUGGAGCUGGUGUGUAGCUUGUAGUUACUGACCCGGGGCACCAAAGCAGUGACGUCGUCUUUUCGUCAGAAGCUGAAAUUAGUUUUCUAGUGUAGCUCAGAGAUGGGAGCGGUCGGUCUGUUCUUGGGGGACAGGAGAGAAGCAGGGCAGGGCAAGCAGCAGAGGAGUCUGGAAGGAGCUUCAAUGCAGGGGUGCAGUGUGGCUCCCCAGAGUAGCUGAAGAUCCUGGGGAACCCAAAGCUGGCUCUCAGGUGUCAGGUCCUGUUGCCAACACUGCACUUCAGGGGUGGGAGAAGCCUGCAGUGCAGCCACCUCCUCUUUCAUGGCGCUCCAGUGUCUGUUUGUCUGUCCCUCACAGUCUCUAGGGAGGAGAGCCAGCCCCUGGGUUGGGGAGCUGGUUUGAGCUGCCUGUUGUCCAGUGUGGAUGUCUGUGGUGUCUUUGUGCAGAUGUGUCUUAUUCUGCGCAGUGAGGAGCACCAGGGACUCGCGGGAGGCCAGAGGAAAGGCGAUGUGCCAGUGAGGCGUGAGCUGCUAGUGAGUGCUGUAUUUUUGUAGUCCUGGUCUGUGUCCCAUGUAGCACAUGCGGUGCCCUGUAGCUCAGUGCCUAGGAGGUGCUGUAGCACCUCAAAUAAAUGAAACAA